AUGCACGCUGCCACCGUCUUGGCCCAGAAGCUGCCUCCCACUCACCGCGUCAUCCUCAUCGAGCGCAACUCGCAUUUCAACCAUCUCUACGUCUUUCCACGCUUCUCUGUCCUGCCAGGACACGAACACAAGGCCUUCAUCCCUUACUCGAGCAUUUUCAAGCAUGCUCCUGUUCGUCCACAAUCCCAUCUCCAGCGCGGCCGUUCCGCUGCCGCAGCUACCAAGCACUCGGCUCCAUCACCGAAUCCAGCUCCGUCUGCUACACCUGCAUCCACCGUCACGCGCAACGCGCUCGAGAUGGGCUCAACCUCGUCAUCGUCGGACCACAGACUCGGUUCUUCACGCAGAGCCGCCGCUUCGGCCUCAACCCCAAGUUCUAUGCCCGAUGUUCCUGAGGAUUCCCCAGUGACCGCCGCCUCGCUCAACGCCAGCGUCGAUGAAGAUGUGACGGCGUCUCGCUCUGACUCGCCCGUCUCGUCUCGCGGCCGUUCGCAGGACAGUCGGCACUCCUCUCAGCUGUCCGUCUCUACGGAUUCCAGCGCUGCCGACUCAGAUUCCGGCAGCUCCGCCUACGACGUAGCCAGCACCGCAGCUUCCUCGUACAUCGAAACCGACAUCAAGGUUGCUAGCUCCAAAGGCUUCGAGUCCGAGCUUGCGCAGAGUGCCGCCAAAGCACGUCAGGAGGAAAAGUUGGGCAGACCUGAAAUUCAGGUCACAGAGCUCAGCGAUGCCGUCGAGCAUGGUCUCGACUUGGAUGGUCACAACGAGCGAGAUAGUCAACACAAUAUUGCGAAAGGAUUCGAAAACUCGUCGCCUCACAUUGUUCUACAGGCUACCGUCACCGACAUCUCUCCGACCCACGUCACUGUCACUCCUACCUCGUCCUCUUCGUCUCACCAUCUGUCUCAAUUCUCGCAGAAGAAGUCGCUCUGGGCCAUCGACAGUGUCCAGAUCCCUUACUCGCAUCUCGUCUACGCGCUCGGCAGUCACCUCCCAGAUCCGCUUCGUACCGAAGCUCGCUUCAAGGCCGACGGAACCGACUGGAUGCGCGAGAUCCAGGACCGCGUCAAAGACUCGAACGAGAUUGUCCUCGUCGGUGGCGGUGCUCUUGGCGUGCAGUUCGCCACUGACAUCGCCUCGGUGCAUCCAGGCAAGAAGGUCACCCUGAUCCAUUCGAGGAAGCAGCUCCUGCCCAACUUUGAUGAGCGCGUCCAUGACAUUGCCUAUCAUAGGCUCAAGAAGCUUGGUGUCAAUGUCGUGCUCGGUGAGCGUCUGGCUCUCACCGAAGGCUGCCCACGUGGUUCCACUGUGCAGAACUCGGCAGCCAAUGCUGUCGGUGCCAACGGUACCGCUGUGGCCGCAAAGGCUGCCAAGCCCGUCAAAGUAGAGGUCUGCGUGACGGGCGAUGCGAAGGGCGAAGGCGAACAGGCUCAUCAGGAAGGUAUGUGCAUCGGCAGCGGGCGCAAGCUCGUCCGCACCACCGGUGGCAAAUCCUUCGAAUGCGAUCUGUUGCUCCUCUGUACCGGUCAGCAGCCCAACUCGUCGCUGAUGGCCAAGCUCAGCCCGAGCUCGGUCGAUCCCGGCAGUCGUCUUGUCCGCGUACAUCGAAGCUUGCAAGUCGCAGUACCCGAUCCACGCGAUGCAGCGCAGCAGCCGUUUGACGCCAAACCACCGUGUGGCGAUUGCGACUGCUUCCUCGACAAGAAAGCCCACGGUGCCGACCUCAACAAUGGCGAAGAGCAUCACCUCGCCGAGCACCUCGGUCACGAGUCCGGCAAGCUCAGCAAUGUGUACGCUAUCGGCGACGUCGCUGAUGCUUUCGGAGCGCUGAACGCCGGAUACCAAGCUUGGAACAUGGCUGACAUUGCUACCGAGAACAUUCUGAGGGACAUCCAGGCCAAGACUUCUGGGGCUCAAAAAGUCGAGAUGCAGGAGUUCCAGCCGGCAGUCAACAUGCUCAAGUUGAGCCUUGGCUUGGGCAAGAUGGUUUUCCAAGGUCCUCCCAUGGCGCAAGAUACACCGGACGAAAAGAUCAAGCCGGAAGAAACGGGUUCGCUGGAUGAAAGCAAAGAUCUAAUCGUCAACGGUCGCAUCCCGGGCAGACCAGAGAUCACCAUAAAGGACGAUCCUAACGAUCUCGGUGUAGAGGGUGUCUGGAGCUUUAUGGCUAACGCCGAUACGAGUGACAUGUUCAAGUGA